AUGAACUGGAGUACAGUGACAGAAUUCACUCUGGAGGGGUUUUCCCAGUACCCCAAACUUGAAAUCAUCCUCUUUAUCUUGUGCCUCUUGAUGUACUUGGUAACCCUACUGGGUAACAGCAUUCUCAUUACAAUCAGCAUACUGGAUCUGCACCUUCACACUCCCAUGUACUUUUUUCUCAGCAAUCUCUCUUUCAUGGACAUCUGUUACACAGCUUCCUCCGUCACUCCUAUGGUGGUGAAAUUCAUAACGAAAGGAAAUACUGUUCCUUUCACAGGGUGUGCCGUGCAAAUGUAUCUCUCCCUUGCUAUGGGGUCCACAGAGUGUUUGCUCCUUGCCAUGAUGGCAUGUGACCGGUAUGUGGCAAUCUGUCACCCCCUUAGGUACCCUAUCAUCAUGAACAAAAGUGUCUGUCUGCAGAUGGCAUCUGGGUCAUGGAUAACAGGUUGCCUUACUGCCUUGCUUGAAACAAGUUCUGCCCUGCAGCUGCCUCUCUGUGGGAGCUCCAUCAAUCACUUUACCUGUGAAAUCUUGGCGCUAUUGAAGUUAGCCUGCACGAGCUCACUGGCCAUGGACAUGAUCAUGCUGGUGGUCAGUGUGCUUCUCCUUCCAAUCCCAAUGCUCUUAAUUUGCAUCUCAUAUACUUUCAUUCUCUUCACUAUUCUAAGGAUCAACUCAGCAGAUGGAAGGAGCAAAGCUUUCUCCACCUGCUCAGCUCACCUUACAGUAGUGAUCUUGUACUAUGGGACUGCCCUUUCUAUGUACCUGAAGCCAUCAUCGGUGGAUUCUCAGGAAAUCGAUAAGUUCAUAACUUUGUUUUAUGGAGUGGUUACUCCCAUGCUAAACCCCAUUAUCUAUAGCUUGAGAAAUAAAGAAGUGAAAGGGGCUGUGAAAAAGCUACUGAGCAGAAAUGUCUUUUCACGGAGACUCUGA